UUUUCGCGGGACUCUUUGGGGUUGCCCCAGAAGCCUAGAACGGCAGUCAAAUUCGAGAUGAAUACUUGGCGUGUGGAGCUUAGUCGCCAAGCAGAAGAAAAAAAGGGCGCUAACUGGUUUGCUGGUAACGAAAGAUUUGAAAGGGGUGAAGAAGAAAGAGUUGAUUUAGGGGAGGAUGGGGACUGGAUGGGGGGGGCGUUUGGUGAGGAUGAGGAUCAUUUCGAGUCGUACUAUGUAGUAGCCGUAGCGAUCCCCGGUAUCAAGGAACAAGGCAGCUGCCAAGUUUGCCAAGGGUUCCAACCGAAGGUGAAUUUUUCGAAAUGGUUGCAUGGCAGUGGUUCGGGGUGCAGGAUUUCAUCAUUCUUUCGGAGUGGAGAGCCCAGGUGA